AGACCCGCGGCAUAUUUUUACUGGUUGAGAGGCGUGGGUGGAGCAAACGUUGAAGUUUUCCCUCUGGUCGGAUCCGAUGAUAUAAAAGGACAACUGCAGAGGCUUACGCUACAUUGGUUUCUCGUGAGACUGCAGCCGAUUGUGAUUUUGCAAAAUGUCUGGCCGUGGCAAAGGUGGCAAGGGCUUGGGCAAAGGAGGUGCCAAAAGGCAUAGGAAGGUCCUUCGUGAUAACAUCCAGGGAAUCACUAAGCCCGCUAUUCGCCGGCUGGCUCGCCGCGGAGGAGUGAAGCGUAUUUCUGGGCUGAUCUACGAGGAGACUCGCGGUGUCCUAAAGGUGUUUCUGGAGAACGUGAUCCGCGAUGCCGUAACUUACACCGAGCACGCGAAAAGGAAGACCGUGACCGCUAUGGAUGUGGUGUACGCCUUGAAGCGCCAAGGCCGUACUCUGUAUGGAUUUGGCGGCUAAAUUCUUGAUUCCGUAUUCGCAGCACAAACGGCCCUUUUAAGGGC